AUGACUUUUCUGAACGACAAUACAAAUAUAGAUGAGUUUUUUCUUUUUUCCGAUUUUCUUGAGAAAUUGAAAUUUGGACAAUAUAAUGAUCCAUUUGAUGUUUUAAAGGAAUUCUCCAAUGCCAUUUCUAAAAAAUUUCGAAAUUCAGAACUCCCUCCUAACUUCACUGUUCGUCAGUAUUCAUCGGAUGCUGCAAUCCAAGAGCAUAGAAUUCGUGAAAGUCCCAGAUAUCGAGAAAACUGGAUUGUUAUACUUUGGUUACAGCACUUCUUAGUUUACUCUUCCGAGCCUUCUGACAUUAUUGGGACUAAAUGGCUUUAUACAAAAAAUACCCUUACUCAAACCCAACGAUUAGGGUUUCCAAACAGUAUUAUUACCGACUUUGAUAUUGAUGCUCCUUCUCGUCAAAAGAAAAACAUUGAAAAUAAAGAUAAAAUGUAUGACGAACAAGUAUUUCGGUAUAUAUUUGAACUUAUGCAGGCUGGAAAAUACAAAGAAGCUUGUAAUUUUUGUGAUUUGACUGGUAAUAUAUCUUUAUCUCUUGCUAUUGCUGGUAUAUAUGAAUACUUUGAUUCAUUUAUAGAAGGUUCUAAUCUACAGGGUGGUUCCGCAAAUGGGAUUUUGAAUAAAGCUUUAUGGAGAAGAAUGUGCUGGCAAUUAACUCAGGAUAAUACCUUGAGUUCAUAUGAACGCGGUAUAUAUGGAAUUUUAAGUUCUGACAUACCUUCAGUGUUGAGUCUUAGUCACACAUGGGAAACGCAACUUCUUUUAUACUUAUCAUCUCUUGUAACAUCUGAAGCUGAGCAAUCUCUUUUUGAAAAAAAUCGAAUUGAGAAGGAUGUUGCUUUAAUAAAAGUUCCUCAAAGUGAUUUCACAUCAUCUGCCGAAAUUCUUAAUUUGCUUUCGAAUUCACCCAAUUCUCAAAUUAAGAAGGAAAGUCAACAUUCAUGUCGUCGCUUUAUUUCCGCCAUUAUAAACAACGAACUUGAUUUCAUAGUUGAUUAUACGGCAAAAAAAAUUGAAUACUUGCUCCAAGGCGAUGAUAAUGAAAUGGAAGAAGAAGGACAAGAUCUUGAGAACUCUAUACGUUUUGCUAUUCAUGUUAUGCUUUUUCUUCAGCAAAUAGGUCAAACAAUUGGGGAAGAGCAAAAUCGAGAUAUUAUAAUUCAAACUUACAUUGAGAUUUUGAGAACAUCGAAUCAUUCUAAUCUGAUACCUCUUUAUGUUUCUUAUCUUUCUAAUGAAACGGCUUUAACAGCUUAUUCGAUUGUUUUAGCUGAUAUUGAAGAUCCGAAUGAGAGACGUAUGCAUAUUGCUCUUGCAAAAAAGUAUGGCUUGGAUAUUGAAAAUACAAUACGGCGUGCGGUCUCUGAUAUUUUUGAUCUUUAUGAUGAUAAAGAUAUACAUACUUCCACUUUUGAAUUUUCAAGUGAAGUUUCAGAAUCUGAUAAACGUAUAUGCAAAGCAGUUGAAUGGUAUAUGGAUAACGGAAUGUGGUCCGAUUGCAUUCAUACGAGUGUGUUAUUAUAUCGUAUGCUAUUGAAUAAGGGGAAAAUACAAACAGUCCGUGAAUUUUCAAGGCUUAUUCCCAUUGAAAAGAUUCUUAAAUCUUAUAAAACGCACCGGUUAAGAAUUUCUAUUGAAGAAGAUUUUGAAUUAUCUGUCAUAACAGAAGGUUUAGAAGUUGAACUAAGAGAAUACCAACGAUUGCUUAACUGUUUGGAGUUAAUCGAAAUCUGGAAUCUUAACUAUGCUUCAACGCUAAACACUAAAAAUCAAUCCCAGCCGCACAUCCCCUCUGAACUUUGGAAAAGAGAUGCUAUUACUCUUUGCACUAAAGUUUCGGAUUCUAUUCAGAAUUUAUGUGCCACUUGGUUAUUUGAAAUAACAGAAUCUGAAAAGGUUGAUAAUACUACGAAACAACUGAUAUUCAGACUAAGAACCCGUUAUAUUCCUUUCCUCUUAAUUGAGCUUCUUAGAACUUUUAUUGAAGCACAAUUAGCGGAUCCUUCAUUUCUAAAGGAGGCUGCUUCUCUCGCAACUUUUGUUGCAUCGGAAGACUUAAAAUUAUAUGAUUUGUUUGUUCAGAGCGGACGGCUAUCUUUAUUUCUUGAAACUAUUGCUGAUGCUUGCGCAGACGGUGUUGUCCAUGGUGAACGCGGAAUAUUCGAAUAA